UCCCUCUUUUUAAACUUCAGCAAAGCAGUAAUGUUUCACUGGUUCAGGCAUUUCAUCAAACAGGAGAUGUCGGACUGAGAGCAGAAGCUAAAACAAGAGAUCUUUAAGUCUUAACUCAAGUCUUCAACUGUUCAUGUCGCCACCAAGUACCAACAUCACCUCCCCAAGUUGAGAUCCGUGGCGCAGCCGGAUCAUUCGCUCGUCUCUCUCUUCUGUCUAUACAAAAUGAACAUUUAUGUGGUCAAGCCACGUGGGCACAACCGUCGCGUCUCUGCUGCCACGUUACCGUGAUCUGCAAUACUAGAACCUUUGAAUAUGCAUGGCAGGUAUUGGACCAAAGUGCCGGGUAUUGCAAAAUCAUAAACCCAGAAAGGGAUAAGAAAGGUGGGGCUUUCAAAAUCGGCAGAGUUCAUCCUCGAUUUGCAGAACCCAAGAAUGAUGUAUCUUUUCAGGCCAUCUCUCAAAAUCUUGAGAACCCUUAACACUUGCAGAAAUCUCCAUUACUCAUCGACGAAGCUCUUCCCAUUCCGGCAAACCCAACUCGAUGACGCCGGUCCCAUGGCUUCUCUUCUCAAGAGUCGGUCUGUGAUUAGGUUCAGAGGCCCCGAUACCAUAAAGUUUCUACAAGGCCUCUUGACCAACGAUGUCACCCGAUUCAAUGAAACCCGCAAGGAGAAAACUUCUACGUUGCCUACACCCAAUCUUUCCACUGUAUCUGCAUCGCCACUCUAUGCUGCAUUGUUGACUCCUCAGGGGCGAUUCCUUUUUGACCUUUUCCUCUAUCGGCGUCCAAGCCCUGAUGACAAGCUUGAUAGAACAGGUUCUGGACCCGGUUCGGACCCCAAUGAGGAAUUCGAGCUGUUCGCAGACGUUGAUGCUGCUGUUUUGGAUGAGCUCUUGCAGUGCUUCAAGAAAUACAGAGUGAGGUCCAAGGUUGAGAUUGAAAAUGUGGCUGAAAGUUUUUGUUGCUGGCAACGUUUUGGUGGAUCUAUUUCUGAUAAAUCCUCAUCUGUGGAAGAGCCCGAUGCUGCAUCUGUUGGAUGGGGUGGUGGAGUUGAUCAGACUGGGGUGUCAGCUUCCCAGGGAAAUAAUCUUGGAUGGCAAUGGUUCAAGGAUCCCAGAUUGGAUUGUCUAGGUUUCAGGGGAAUCUUUCCAUCUGAUACAAUACCACCACUGGUUGAGGCUGACAAAGAAACUGAUGAGAAAAAUUAUGUUCAAUGGAGGUAUGAGAAAGGAGUUGCAGAGGGCUCAACUGAGAUUCCGAAAGGUGAGGCUAUUCCACUUGAAUACAAUUUUGCUGGACUAAAUGCAAUCAGCUUCGACAAGGGGUGCUAUGUAGGCCAAGAACUCAUUGCCCGUACACACCAUCGUGGUGUUAUUCGUAAGCGUUUACUUCCCCUAAGAUUUGUCAACGAAUCCGAAGAAGGAAUAUCAGAGAAGGUUUAUCCAGUUCCAGGGUCAAAUAUAGUUGCUUCUGAAACUAAGAAGGUUGGGACUGUGACAACAGCACUUGGGUGUCGGGGGUUGGGACUGUUGAAGCUGGAGGAAGCCUUCAAAGGAUCACGCAAACUGAUUGUUGGAACUCAGGACCAUGUGCAUAUUAAGGUCAUUCGACCAGAAUGGUGGCCUGCUGAAUGGUUUCAGGACCUUCAACAGGAUAGUGCUGCUGUUGCCUAGGUUGUCAUCUUGCAACUGGAUUUACAGGUUGCAAUUUCCACUGGAUAAGGCGUAUGGCUGAUGCUUCUGCCCGAUGCUAAGAUUUCCAAAGAGUUGGUUCUCAGGUGACUCAAAAGAGAACAAUCUCUUACAUGUUUUUGCAGCUUGAAAAAUAGAUUAUCUGACCACCAUCCCUUCCCCUUCCCCUUCCCUUUCCAAGGGUAAAAAUAAAAGUGGUUUCUGAAGAAACUGAGAAAUUAUAAACUGUAUUUGUGCUUUUUUAAAAUAAAAGAUCUGUAGAUUCUGCCACAAAAAUGUAAGUUUUUAUUUAUUUAUUUA